GCAUUUUCGACAGCGGUUCGUAAAUCUUCGUCGUAGAUAUUUCGCGACAAUGUGUUGUUUACAUCUUGUAUUUAGACGUAGUAACUAGAUUUGUCUUGAACGAUUAAAAAAUAGUAAAAACAUGUGGUUUUUAACUGAUAAAAAUGGUAAAACCAUAGAAUUAAGUGAAAAUAAAAUAACAACUGUUGGUAGAAGUAAUGCUGACAUUCUAUUGACUGAAGAUUCAUCAAUAAGCCGGUCACAUGCAAAGCUAGAAGUUAAAAAACAAAUUGCAAAAUCAAAAUCAUCAAUAGGUAGUACACAGUUGAUCAUAGCUGAUUCUAAAUCAAAAUAUGGCACUUAUAUAUUAAAAAAUAAUAAGGAAUACCGUCUUGAAGAAACAAGUUAUUCCGUUUCGCCUAAGGAUCAAAUAAGAUUUGGCUUGCAACAUCAUAUUUUCACUGUUUCUUACAAGUCAGAAAAAAAAUACAUUGUAUUAACUUCAGGAUUAACUGAGAAAGAUAAAAAAGAUCUAGAAAAAAUUCUUGCAUCCAUAGAAGGAGAACUUUGCAAUCAAUGGCAAAAUGAUUGCACUCAUUUAACAACUUGUUCAUUAGGAUUAACUGAAAAAAUUUCAUGUGCUUUAGCAUCAGGUAUACCUAUUGUCAAUUUAACUUACUGGAAAGAUGUUUUAAAAGCGCAGGAAGCUAACGAAGACAUUCCAGAUGUUAAUAAAUACAUUCCAUCGUUUGAUAAUCUUUUGAGAGGAUUUGGUAAGACUGCAUUACUACCAGACCAUCGUAGAAAGCAAAUAUUUAAUGGUUUAACAUUUUAUUUUUUUGACGAAUGUCAAUUUCAAAUUUAUUCUACAAUGAUUAAACUAUCUGGUGGAACAUCAUCCAUGUGUGAUAAAUCUUUAAAAAAAUCUGAUUGUGCUCGCAAAGACAUUGUUUUCAUUCAACCUCUAAGUGAUUCACAAAGUCCAAAAUUGUCAUUAUCUCAAUUUCAAACAGUCAAUGAACUUUUAAAGAAACAUCAAUUGAGAUCUAUUCCAGCAUCUGAGAUUCCUUUAGCUAUAUUAUAUUGUUCUUUGGACCAGCACUGUAAUCCUAGGUUUAAAUAUACUAAAUUACUUCAGUCAAAAGAUAAAGAAAAACUAAAUAAGAUUACGACAGCAAAAAUACUUGCUCCUGAGACUCAAGAUUGGGAUGAGAUACCAAAAAGCAGUAAAAAUAUUGUCAUUCCAGAAACUGUACCUGAAACUCAAAACCUUUUGAGCCAAAAGCCUAAUGAAAAAGUAUCUACAAACAAAACGGUUAGUCCUACGCCAAGUUCAGAUUGCAAAUACGAAAAAUCCAUCUCUUUAGAAGAAAAAAUAGAAGAAAACCCAAAAAAAAGAAAAAAGAUUGAUAAGAUAGUGCCAAAGACGCAAAAGACUGAAGAAAGUCCUGACGAGAUAAAAUUGAAAAAGAGAAAAUUGGAUAUUGUUGAAAAAGCCAAUAUUAGCAAAAAACAAAAUGAUACAAAUGCUGCAAAAGAAUCAUUUUGGGAUGUUCUAUUAGGAGAUUCUCAGGAACCAGAAAAUACUGCAACUUCAUUUGAAAAACAGAAUUGUUUUGAUAGUGAUAGUGAUGAAAAUAAUCAAGAAACUGAGCAUAAUUUUAAUAAAAAUCAAAGAAAAAAGAGUUUAAUUCUACAAAAAAAUGAAAAAACUGAAGAAAAAUCAUCUAAACCUAAUUUGAGAGAUGAAGAAGUUACAAAUGAGAAGGAAGAUUCUAUUACCAUCGAAGAAUUUCAGAUAAAGGAUGAACCAGAAAUAAAUAAUAGUUACGAUGAUGAUUACGAAAAUUCUAGAAGAGAAGUCGAUACGAAGAAUGAUCAUGACGACAGCGAUAAUGAAAAUGAAUAUUCUGGACAAUGGAUUCACGCAUGUAAAAGGCAUGAAGAUGUCGAAAAUAACAUGGAUAAAAGCUUCGGUUACAAAGUGAAGUAUGUCUCUAUGACUGACAUCCAAAAAGGAUAUAAAUCAUCAUCUAAAAAAAAAGUUUUCAAGAAAAAUAAAUCUGAACCUAUUAAAAGACUGACAAGAGAAGAUUUCUAUGAAUGGGCUCCACACACAAGAAAUUAGAAGUACAUAGUUUAAUAAAAAAAAUAUAUACAAUUGAACUAUUAAAAUAUAAAUUAUUAUUAAAAUAUGUUUUUUAUUAUCAAUAUUUUAAUAGCAUAGUAUUUUUAUUUAUUAUAAUUGUUACCAUGCAAUAUAAAUACAUGUAUUUUUUAUAUUUAAACUUCCGCGCGAGUUUAAGUCUGUAGCGUGUGUAUGUCGUCUUAUGUAUGAAACAAACUAAAAUAUACGUAAAAUUAAUAAAUAA